UAGCUUGGUGGCUAAUCCCUGCGUAGACUAACAGCUUUACAAAACCUGACGUGAGCCAAUUUUAUGAACUGAAAACAAACUAGGAAACAUUCUUUUAGGAUAAUUUUAUAUUUAAGUAGACACAAAAGCAGAAUGUAUGAUUUACUGCCUGUUUUAUUUUUGUCGUGGGCGUCAGGGCCAGAAAAUUGACUUCAUGAUCAGAAACACUGACUUUUGUUUUAAUACAUUUAUUUUCUCCAUGAAAAUGUAUUAAAUAAAUAGUGUAAUAGUCUAUUCUCUUAAUUUUAUAGCUUUUCUCUGGGUUGCGCUGCUUCCUUUAGUGUAUGUUUAUGUUGGAGUUUCUAUCCAAUCAGAGUUCAGCCAUCACGUCACGUGUUGCCCAGAUCCAAAGCUGCCCUAAGGCCUUCACUAUCAGCAGCCUGUGACGUAAUGUACACGUUGCUUAAAGUUGUUGUUUUAACCAAUCAGAUUGCGAGUUGGGCACUCCGAGUCCUUCUAACAGGCGUACAGUAAUGUCGUUUUUACCUUCUUUCAUUGGACGGUCAGAGAGCGCACUAGUCAGAGCUCUUAAACUGCUCUGAGCUGUUGCUUCCUUCCAAAACAGCUAAGAAGAAAUUUAUUUGGUCGAUAUAAUUACAAGACUGCAUUUUAAAGAAAAGUUGGCCAUUGUGAAAAAAGUGUGAAUCUGAGCUGCAGUCAUGGUCUGUAUCCCCUGCAUCGUCAUCCCUGUCCUCCUGUGGGUUUACAAGCGCUUCCUGGAGCCCAUCGUGUAUCCGUUCAUCUCUCCGUUCAUCAGCCGGUUCUGGACCAAAAAGGCAGUGCAGGAGACCGAGACAAACGACACAAAGGCCAACCAAACGAACCAAGCAAGCAAAAUCGAAUGCAACGGAAAUGCAAACGUGUGCUCAGCCGACGGGACGACGGCGGUCUCGGAUAAAAAGACGGACUGACACUAUACACAUCUUCGUGAACAUCGAUCAUGUUUUCUGGAGCCUCAUGUAGAUAGUUGUAAAUGAAAUCAUGCUGUCAUGAUCUGACAUUGUUAACACAAACGAAAUUCAGUCUCAUUUCGAAUUUCGUUCACAGAAUAAUACAAUUGUAUUUAAUAUAUUGACUUCUUGAAUUAAUGCUUUUCAUUCCCAGAAGACUUCAGACCAGAUUCCGGGGACUAUUUAAUAUAUUUCCAGAAUGGCUUGGAGUUAGUCUGUAAAGAGAAAUAAAUAUUUACGUUUCACAGCUG